GCUGUCUUUUAUGAAAAAUCAGGCCAAGAGCUCUGAAAUCAGCAAAGCAAUAAUCAAAAAGCAGAGCUGUUUGAGGAAUACAACAAUAAAGCAGAUACAAGAAAUUUCACAGUGGGAUAUCAGGUCUUUAGUGUGAAGAUACAUCUAUACUAAACCAGGAAUCAUUGGCAGUGACAUUUGGGCACGAAAACUUGGAAGAUUAAACAAUUGUGAAGGUUGAUCAUGGAAAUCAAAGAGGAAGGAACAUCAGAAGAAGGCCAGCACUUUCUUCCCACACCCCAGGCAAAUGAUACUGGGGACUUUCAGUUCACGAGUAUUCAGAAGACUCCAAAUGAACCACAGUUGGAAUUCAUCCUUGCGUGCAAGGAUCUUGUGGCUCCUGUCCGCGAUCGGAAGCUGAAUACGCUGGUGCAGAUCUCAGUAAUCCACCCGGCAGAGCAGAGUCUGACAAGAUACUCGAGCACGGAAAUUGUGGAGGGAACAAGAGACCCACUGUUUUUGACUGGUGUCACAUUCCCAUCUGAGUAUCCCAUCUAUGAGGAGACCAAAAUAAAACUAACAGUCUAUGAUGUCAAGGAUAAGUCUCAUGACACUGUUCGAACCAGUGUCCUACCUGAACAUAAGGAUCCCCUGCCAGAGGUUGGGCGAAGCUUCCUGGGCUAUGCCAGUUUUAAAGUGGGGGAGCUACUGAAAUCAAAGGAGCAGCUGCUGGCCCUGAGCCUGAGAACUUCAGAUGGUGGUAAAGUUGUUGGCACCAUAGAAGUCAGUGUCGUGAAGAUGGGGGAGAUUGAGGAUGGGGAAGCCGACCACAUCACGAAAGAUGUGAAGGGACAAAAGUGUGCACUGGUAUGUGAAUGUACAGCCCCAGAAAUCGUGAGCGGGAAAGAUAGCUUACCCUUUUUGAAUGCAGUGUUAAAGAACCCAGUGUGUAAAUUAUAUAGAUUUCCCACAUCUGACAAUAAGUGGAUGCGAGUCCGGGAGCAGAUGUCAGAGACCAUACUUUCAUUUCAUAUUCCUAAGGAAUUGGUCUCUCUUCACAUAAAAGAAGAUUUGUGUAGAAACCAGGAGCUAGAAGAACUUGGUGAGCUUUCUCCACACUGGGACAAUCUACGGAAAAAUGUGCUUGCUCACUGUGAUCGAAUGGUGAAAAUGUACCAAGAAAUUCUGAAAGAACUUGGCAAGGAAACAGGGUCCUCUUUCAAAUCAAGCAGCAACAAAGGAGAGAGAACAUUGGAAUUUGUUCCAGUAAAUCUGCAUCUGCAAAGAAUGCACGUACACAGCCCUCACUUGAAAGAUGCUCUCUACGAUGUCAUCACUGUGGGAGCCCCAGCUGCCCAUUUUCAGGGAUUUAAGAAUGGUGGUCUUCGGAAACUGCUCCAUAGAUUUGAAACGGAAAGGAGAAAUACUGAGUACCAAUUUAUUUACUAUUCACCUGAAAACACAGCCAAAGCAAAAGAAGUUCUCAGCAACAUCAAUCAACUACAACCUCUGAUAGCGACCUAUGCAGACCUACUGCUUAAUUCUGCAAGCCAGCAUUCUCCAGACAGCUUGAAGAAUUCUUUAAAGAUGCUUUCAGAAAAAACAGAGCUUUUUGUACAUGCCUUCAAGGAUCAGCUGGUCAGAAGUGCUCUUUUAGCACUUUACACUGCCAGGCCAGGAGGCAUCCUUAAGAAACCACCCUCUCCUAAGAACAGCACAGAGGAGAGCAGUCCCCAGGACCCACCCCCACUGAUGAGAAGGCAAGAUUCCAUACCACAUCAUUCAGACUACGAUGAGGAAGAGUGGGAUAGGGUGUGGGCCAAUGUGGGGAAGAGCCUGAACUGCGUUAUUGCUAUGGUGGAUAAGCUGAUUGAAAGAGAUGGUGGCAGUGGAGGCGGCGGCAGUAGCAGCAAAAAUGGAGAAAAGGACCCUUCUUUAGUGGACUCCAUCAUAACUCAUCCAAGGGAGGACUGGUAUGAACAGUUGUAUCCCCUCAUCCUUACCCUGAAGGACUGCAUGGGAGAAGUGGUGAACCGAGCCAAGCAGUCCCUGACGUUCGUGCUCCUUCAGGAACUUGCGUACAGCUCACCCCAGUGUUUGAUGCUGACUCUGAGAAGAGACAUUGUCUUCAGCCAAGCGCUUGCUGGAUUGGUUUGUGGUUUUAUCAUCAAAUUACACACAAGUUUGCAUGACCCUGGCUUUCUACAGCAGCUUCACACGGUGGGAUUGAUGGUGCAAUAUGAAGGAUUGCUGAGUACAUACAGUGAUGAAAUCGGAAUGCUAGAGGACAUGGCUGUUGGCAUUUCAGAUUUGAAGAAAGUCACAUUUAAAAUAAUUGAAGCCAAAUCCAGUGAUGUCUUGCCAGUUAUUACAGGAAGGCGUGAACAUUAUGUGGUGGAGGUCAAGCUUCCAGCGGGAAUGUUUGAGUCUCUGCCUCUCCAGAUUAGAGAAGGACAAUUGCUUCAUGUGUAUCCUGUACUUUUUAAUGUUGGAAUCAAUGAACAGCAAACUCUUGCUGACAGAUUUGGAGAUGUCUCUUUGCAAGAAAGUAUUAACCAGGAAAAUUUUGAACUUCUAAAAGAAUAUUACACGAUAUUUAUGGAAAAGAUGCCUCCUGAUUACAUUUCACAUUUUCAAGAACAAAAUGAUUUAAAAGGAUUACUAGAAAAUCUCCAUCAAAAUAUCCAAGCCAAAAAAAGAAAGAAUGUAGAAAUCAUGUGGCUGGCUGCAACAAUUUGUCGCAAACUAAAUGGUAUCCGUUUCACCUGUUGUAAAAGUGCCAAAGACCGGACAUCGAUGUCAGUGACGCUGGAACAGUGCUCCAUCUUAAGAGACGAGCACCAGUUGCACAAGGACUUCUUUAUCCGGGCACUGGAUUGCAUGAGAAGAGAAGGAUGCCGCAUAGAGAAUGUACUGAAGAAUAUCAAAUGCAGAAAGUAUGCUUUCAACAUGCUACAGCUGAUGGCUUUCCCCAAGUACUACAGACCUCCAGAGGGGACUUAUGGAAAAGCUGACACCUAAAUUUACCAACAUGUAAAUAAACAGGAACACAAAUAUGCUUCACUUGGAUAAUC